AAUACUUCCUUUAGCUCAGCGUACUAUCAUAUAUCUAACCGCAACUAGUAACAGUGCAAAUUUGAACCAUUUGGAAAAGUUUAGGGACAAAAUUGUACCUUUGCCAUUUUACACAAUAGAUUCGAUUAUUUAUCCAAAACGAUGAUCGGAAGUAUCCUACUUCCGGCACCGGUGCCGCUGCCAAUUCACCGGAUAAGCCUCUGGAACCGCCACUCACAGCCAGGUAGUCCUCGGUGCUCACUAAGCAAACAAGGCCACCGCUUUAUCUCCACCCUUAUCGCCACCAACUCCGAGGAUAUAUCCGCUACUCACCGCUUGCUACGCAAAUUCGUCGCCUCAUCGUCCAAACACGUAGCUCUCAGUACUCUAUCUCACCUCCUAUCUCCUACUACCUCUCACAUUCGCCUCUCUUCUCUUGCCCUCCCGUUGUAUUUGGAAAUCAGUGAAGCGUCAUGGUUUGAUUGGAAUUCGAAAUUAGUGGCUGACUUGGUUGCAUUGCUUUACAAGCUAGAGAGAUAUGAUGAAGCUGAAACCCUAGUUACUGAAACGGUUUCUAAAUUGGGAAGCCGAGAACGAGAUUUGUGUAGUUUCUACUCUCCGUUGAUUCAUUCACUAUCUAAGCAAAAAUCAGAGAGAGGAGUUUUGGUUUUUGUUACAAAAUUGAAGCAGGUUCUCUUGUGUUCGUCGUUUGUUUAUUUGAAGCAACAAGGGUACGCCUCGAUGGUGGAUGCAUUUUGUUCUAUUGGAUUACCGCGUGAAGCUGAGGAAUUGAUGGAAGAGAUGAAGGAAUUAGGAUUGAAAUUAUCAAAGUUUGAAUUUAGAGCUCUAGUUUAUUCAUAUGGGAAAUCAGGAUGCUUUAGUGAUAUGAAAAGGAUUAUAGCUCAAAUGGAUGGUAUGGGACUUCAAUUAGAUACAGUUGGUGUGAAUAUGGUGCUUAAUUCAUUUGGAUCUCAGUACGAGCUUUCAGAAAUGGUGUCGUGGCUCCAAAAAAUGAAAGUUUCAGAUGUUCCAUUUUCUAUCAGGACUUACAAUUCGGUGUUGAAUUCAUGCCCCACAAUUAGUCAUUUGCUGCAAGAUCCGAAGAGUCUCCCUCUUUCUCUGGAAGAGUUAAUGGGCAAUUUGAAUGAGAAUGAAGCUGGUUUGGUGAAGAUACUGGUUGGAUCAUCAGUUUUGGAGGAAACAAUGCAGUGGAACCCUUCAGAGUUGAAGCUGGACUUGCAUGGGAUGCAUUUGAGCUCUGCUUAUGUGGUCAUUUUACAAUGGUUUCAUCAGCUACAAUGCAAGCUUGUUGCUGAAAAUCGUGUUCUUCCUGCUGAAAUCACAGUGGUAUGUGGAGCGGGAAAACACAGUGUUGUUAGAGGAGAAUCCCCUGUGAAAGGGUUGAUCAAGGAGAUACUGCUACGGGUGGGUUGUCCACUCAGGAUUGAUAGGAAGAACAUUGGAUGUUUCAUUGGUAAAGGAAAAAAUUUCAUGGAGUGGUUAUCAAGUUACAAUGCCACUUAUAUCUACAUGUUGAAUCAAGAAAGAUGUUACCACAACGGAUUACUACAAGAAGCUGAAUAUGUUCAAUUGAGUUAAUACCUAUCAAUCUAGUUGGUAUGAUUGAAAGUUGAGACACGAUCAUUUGAUAUCCUCAAAUGUGCAUUUUGCUGUUAUAAUCAGUGAGAUAGCUGAUAAGAGAAAAGGUAAAUCAUUAUUUGUUGCGGCAUGUAGCUUUUUGUUGAACGGUCAUCUUCAGCUAUUGAAGCAUCUAAUAUUCUGCUGCAUAUUGCGAGCUGUUCAAGCAUUUAAUAUUUGGUUAUUGGCCUAAUUACCUGUUUUUUCACAUUGGCAAAACUCCUGCAAAGAAGUCAGAGAAACAAAUCGAGCUGCAUCAGCAGUUCAGAAGUAAGCAAUGACAGCGAUUUGCAUCCAAACUGAAGUGGAGAAACAAAUCAUAGCAAGAUUUCCUGUUUAAGAAAUAUAUGAAUUUAUUACUCUUGCAGGGUUUAUGAGCAAAAUCUUAAAGAUCAAGGUCCUUGUUGGGUGGAUUAUUCAUCAUAGAGGAGGGACAAACAUGACGGCAAAAUCGAUUUGUAGCAUAGAUUGCUCAUACCUAACCAAUCACACCAACGUUUACUGCUCCGUGGGAAAAAAAAACGGUGGGUUGCAAAAACAUUGUCAUUUUUUCUCGUGAUGGUAUCCAAAAAACUCAGCAAUCAUUCAACAUCCCCCUUUGUGCAAGAUUGGCGAGACCAUCCGUGGACCGAGGAGUGGAGUAAUAGUCAGAGGAAUAUCUGUAAGUUCUUCUGUUCAAGAAGCAGGAAUCCUAACCAACAAGUAAGACAACGAGCUUGCGCGCUGCAAGAUUCAAUGAUGGUGUAGCUCCAACACGAACAAUUCUGUACAACCGUGUAUUUCUGAUUGCCGCAGAUUUUAAGCAAGUCCAGCGCAGAAGUUAUGUCCAUUAUUUUAUCCUUCGUAUGAUAGUUAUAUUAGAUCAAUGAUCACCAGGUGGAGAGAAUCUCUUUACUAAAAGAAUUCAGGCAACUGAAUGUAAUUCACUCUACUAAACCACUUCCUUCUUUCUAAGGCAAUCUUCAUUCAAGAAGACUUGCUAGCUUGCUGCUAAUUAAAAGAAUUCUCACUUCAGAGUAAUGUACCAAAAGCUGGCUCCUA